UAUAUCCCAGUACUUUUCUCACUCCUUGACUAUCAAUACCACCACAAGAUCAUAAUGUCCAAAGUGAAGGUCAUCAUCGUAGGCGGCGGCCUUUCAGGUCUUUCCGCUGCCCAUACAGUCCUCGAGCGAGGAGGGAAUGUCUUACUGCUCGAUAAGAACAGUUUCAUGGGCGGAAACUCGACCAAAGCUACGAGUGGUAUUAACGGUGCCAAUACCCAGGCUCAACAAACACUCGGUAUCCCCGACACCUCUGCAAAGUUUUUCGCAGACACCAAGAAAUCCGCUCGAGAGCUCGCUAGAGACGACCUCAUCCGUGUGCUCACCUAUAAAUCCGGCGAUGCAGUCAAUUGGCUCAUCGAGCGGUUCAACCUUGAUCUAAGUAAGGUUUCCCGACUUGGGGGUCAUUCAGAGAAGAGGACGCAUAGAGGUACACAGCAGUUCCCCGGAAUGACGAUUACUUAUGCUUUGAUGGAAAAGCUCGAGGAUAUGGCAGCACAACACCCUGAUAGAGUCAAGAUUCUCAAGAAAGCCAAGGUCACCAAGCUCUUGCAAGAGGAUGGUAAAGUUAUUGGGGUCGAUUACGAGCGGGAUGGUAAACAUUACACUGAAUACGGCCCCGUCGUACUUGCAACAGGAGGGUACGCAGCGGAUUUCACGGCAGACUCGUUACUCCAGCAGUAUCGACCAGAAUAUUACAACCUUCCAACAACAAACGGCGACCACUGCACCGGCGACGGCCACAAAAUGGCCAUGCUCAUCGGUGCCAAAGGCAUCGACCUCGAGAAAGUCCAAGUUCACCCGACCGGGCUCGUGGACCCGAAAGACCCUGAUGCAAAAGUGAAGUUCCUUGCUGCGGAAGCACUGAGAGGCGUGGGAGGCUUGUUGAUCAAUAGAGACGGGGAGAGAUUUGUAGAUGAGUUGGAGCAUAGAGAUUAUGUGACGGGGAAGAUGUGGGAGAAUGACAAGUUCCCAGUCCGCCUUGUGCUGAACAGCACGUCAAGCAAAGAGAUUGAAUGGCACUGCAAACACUACGUCGGGAGGGGACUUAUGAAAAAGUUCAACAGCGGAGAAGAGUUGGCAAAAGAGAUUGGGUGUAGUCCCGAGGCUUUGAAGAAGACUUUCGACGAUCAUAAUAGAUACGCCAAGAACCCGGGUACUGAUCCAUUUGGCAAAAAGUUCUUCUCUGGCGGCGACUUUUCCAUGUCGGACACUUACCACGCCGCUAUCAUGACCCCCGUAUUGCACUACACCAUGGGCGGUCUCGAAAUCGGUAUCAACGCCGCCGUCCACAAUGCUAAUGGUGGAGAGGUGGAAGGCCUCUACGCUUGUGGCGAACUUGCAGGCGGUGUCCAUGGAGCAAACCGGUUGGGUGGGAGUAGUCUUCUGGGUUGCGUCGUGUUUGGUCGUGUAGCAGGCGAUUCCGUCUCUUCGUACCUCCUUUCCUCUCUCGCCAACACUGAUGCGAAUGUGAAAGCGGCCAAGCGACUCGGUACGAUCAACAACCAUCUCGUUGAGACCAAGAUUAAGCUAGACCCAGAGUCAAAGGCUUUGCAGCUAUCCUUCUCUUGGGGAGAUGAGACCGGCGACCAGAAUCAGAAGGAUGCUGGUGGUGCCCAAGUCCCAGCGAGUAGCGCUCCGGGUCAAAAAGGGGACCGCACAGCCGCAGAAAUCGAACCCGAGGCCCUUCCGACCCCACCCGCUAAAAAAGGUUCUGACAAGGGCGAUAAGAAGGAGUAUACCCUUGAAGAGGUUGCGAAGCACAAUACUGAGAAGGAUUGCUGGGUGGUGAUCGGUGGUCAAGUCUUGGAUGUUACCAAUUUCUUGGAAGAUCACCCUGGCGGUGUGAAAGCAAUCAUGCUCUACGCAGGCAGGGAUGCUACUGAGGAGUUUGAUAUGAUCCACCCCCCUAAUGCGAUUGCGAAGUAUGCGCCCGAUACUGUUAUCGGAACCAUCAAGUCGUAAGACUACUCGAACAAUUGACGGGCGGAUCAUAUUGCGUGCGGUUGUAAUCUAUUAACAGAGGUGAAAGGAAGUGACGAAAGCGCGGAAGAGAAGGAAGCGCGGCCGUGUGAUGAUGCGAAGAAAAGAAGAUACGAUUCUGUUGUGUUGUGCGCACGUAUAAGUAUUUCUAUGUAGCAUGCAGA